AUGAAUGUUCAAUCUGACACAUCAGCAAUAGUUGAUGAUGAAAAUUUAGCUCUGCUCAAUUCGGAUAAUGGAACACAAGUAUCUAUUAAAGCAAAAUCAUCUAUGUCAUGGAUUAUGGCUGCAGGUCUUAUCGUUAAUGCAGCAAUGGGUGCUGGUUUACUUAACAUCGCCAAAGCUUAUGAUGAUGCUGGCGGUAUUUUUAUAAGUUCAAUUCUUCAUGGAAUUGUUGUUCUAUUAGUACUUGGUGCUUAUGUAAUUUUAUUUGUAUGUUGUGAUCAAUCUACAUCAUCUUAUGAAACAUUUGUUCUUAUGAAAUGCGGAAAAGUUUGGCAAAGAAUUUGUUCUGUUUGUAUUAUAUUAUAUAUGUAUGGCUUGAGUAUAACAUUUUUUAUUAUCAUCGGAGAUCAAUUAGAUCGAUUUUUUUCAUUUAUUGAUCCACUUUUUUGUCGCCAUUGGUAUUUGGAUCGUCGACUAACAAUACCUUUUACAUCAUUAUUAUUUAUAUUUCCAUUAUGUUUCUCAAAAACAAUUAAAUUUCUUCAAAUACCAAGUAUGUUGGGUGUAUUGGCAAUUAUUUAUGUUGUUAUUAUUGUACCUAUUGAAUAUUUUAAAACAAAAUCAAACGAUGUUAUUGUUAAAACACAUCCAGAUUCAUGGACAGAUAUUUUUCUUGUUUUGCCAACAAUGUGUUUUUCUUAUCAAGCACAUGUUAAUGCUGUUCCUGUUUUUGUUUCAUUAAAAUCACGCGCUGAUUGUAUAAAAGCAACAUUAGCAUCAACAUUGGUUCUUAUCCUUAGUUACUCUUUAGUAGCUGUUUGUGGUUAUCUUACAUUUGGUAUUAAAGUUGAUCAUGAUAUACUUAUGUCUUAUCAUCCUAUAUCAGCAAUUGUACUUAUUGCAAUAAUUAUGGUAGCAAUUAAAACUUAUACAGCUUAUCCUGUUAACUUAUUUUGUGGAAGGACAGCAAUUGAUUCAUUAUCAAAUGAAACAACAACAUCAUCAAUAGCUACAGAUGCAAGACAAUCAUCAAAACGUCGAAUUUUAAUUGUUUGCCUUUGGUUUUUUUCAACAUUAGCUGGAGCGGUUUUUUUACCUAAUAUCUCAGUAGCAAUACAUUAUUUAGGUGCAUUAGCUGCUAGCUUUAUCUUUACCUUUCCAGGUCUUUGUUUAUAUUUUCAUGUUGAACAAUCAUGGGUUAACUCUUGGGGAAAUAUUAUAUCGAUUUCAAUUGCAAUUUUUUAUGUUGCUAUUGGAGUAUUUGUAACUGUAUUAACAUUACUUCAAUCACUAAUAGCUGAUAUUAGUGGAACUGAAACUAGUGCUACAAAGACAUGUUAA